ACUCUCUCUUCCUUCAGACUUCCUGCCACAGUGGUGGCUAGAGAAGUACAGACCUGAGUAUAAUGGAGACCUCUAGCCUCUAAUCAUGGGCACUGAAGGGGAUUGCAGACUUGAAGGGGUUGACCAACUACCUGCAAGUCAUGGGCAUUCAAUUUUGUAAGGAUGGCCGUGUUCACCAAACCGUAACGGAAGAUGAUGAUGAAACCACACUGUCGAAACAAAUGGAGCGGGAGAAAAUGCCUCCUUCCCGCAAACCAAAGAAGCCUGGACAAUUUAAAAACGACGCAAUGAAUGAUGAUGAAAAAAACAUAUUGAUGAAACAGAAACUGAAGGAGGAAAGGAGUAAGAUACGAGAACCUCUUCUUCCACGCCAAACAAAGAAGCCACCUGGUGACAUUGAACUGGCCUCCACGAAAAUCCAGGCCUGGUGGCGGGGCACGCUGGUGCGACGCACACUACUGCAUGCGGCCCUCAGAGCCCUGAUCAUUCAGUGCUGGUGGAGGCAGGUGCUGGCAAGGCUGCAGGCGAAGAGGCGGCAGGCGGCACUGGAGCUCUGCACACGGCAGCUAUGGGCAGCAGUCAGGCUGCAGUCCUGGGUCCGCAUGUGGCGUGUCCGCCGUCGUUACUGUCGUUUGCUCAAUGCUGUCCGCAUCAUCCAGGUCUACUGGCGCUGGAGAAGUUGCCAUACCCGUGGCUUUUUCCAUGGCAGCUAUGAGCUCACAACAAGCCAGCUGAGUCUUGAGCUUGACAUCUUCCUGGGAUCACAGAUUUGCCGAAUUACAGACUGCAUCCCCUUCCCAAUAAAGAACUGACCAGGUCUGCUCCAA